AUGAAAAAAUUAUUGAAAUUUUUGAUUGUUUUUGUCACAAUCAACUCAAUUUAUUGUGAUAAUAGCUUAGAAACACAGAAAAAAGAUCCUUCGUUACUGAUUGUUACCUUAAUUCGGAAUAAAGCUCACACUUUGCCUUAUUUCUUCAGUUAUUUAGAGCAUCAGGAUUAUGCUAAAGAUAGAAUUUCUCUAUGGUUCAAAUCAGACCACAACGAAGACGACAGUAUUAAAAUAACAGAAGCUUGGAUCAAUUCUACGAGUCAUUUGUAUCACAACGUCCAAUUUUAUCAAGAAGGCGCUCCCAGAAGACGUAAAACUGAGAAUAAUUUGUAUCAUUGGUCGGAUGAGCGGUACUUGGAUAUCAUAAAAAUGAAAGAAGAAGCUUUCGAUCAUGGCAGAAAAAUUUUAGCGGACUAUAUUAUGUUCUUAGAUGCUGAUGUUUUCCUCACAAACCCUUCAACAUUAAAGACUUUGAUCAAUUUAAACCUUCCUGUAGUCGCUCCCUUGAUGAAAACUGAAAGCCUUUACGCUAAUUUCUGGGGAGGAAUGCGUGAAAAUUACUUUUACAAGCGCACUGAUGAGUACAUGAAGAUCAAAAAGUACGAAAAAGUUGGAGAAACGAAGGUGCCAUUAGUUAACGCGGUUAUUUUGAUCGAUUUGAACAAUCCAAAGAGCAAAUAUUUAACACACGAUAAGGUAAAAUUAAUUUCUUACGACAUAAAUGGCAGUGGGCAGUACAACGGACCAUUUGACGAUAUGAUUUUGCUCGCCAAAUCCGCGGAUUAUGCUGGAUUGGGAAUGUACAUCUCAAAUAGUCACAAUUAUGGGUACAUGAUGGCACCAAUUGAGCAUGACUCGACAUUUUACGUCGAUAAGGCACAGUUAACGAACGUUUUGGGAAUGAUAGUUAACGAUUUGGGGGAGUUACGAGUUGUCGACAGCAUGAAGGAUUACUUGCCGAAAGUGAGAAAGACAAAAAUGGGAUUAUCAAAGAUUUUCGUGAUAAAUCUCGAACGUCGCAAGGAAAAAUAUUUAAAAUUAAAGAAAUUAGCUGACAUAAUUGGUCUUGAAAUUGAACGUUUCGUCGCUGUCGAUGGAGAUACCUUGACCACAGAUCAUUUAUUCGACGAAGGAAUCCGUCUUAUCCCGGAAUACGAAAACAUGUUCGAGAAACGCCCGAUGCGAUUAGGUGAAAUUGGUUGUUUUCUCAGUCAUUACAAGAUUUGGGAGCAUAUUGUUGACUACGGGCUCGAUGAAGUCCUAAUUUUAGAAGAUGACGUCGUUUUUCAGCAUUAUUUCACGCAAAUGACCGAAGCAGCGUUGACUGAAGUGCGAAGUUUGAUCAAAGAUUAUGAUUUGUUGUAUCUCGGAAGAAGUCCGUUAGGCAAAGAUGGACCAAGUAUCAAAGGAUCAAAGUUACUGAGAGAACCGGGAGCAUCUCUGACACUUUCGGGAUAUAUUUUAACGUUUGAAGGAGCUCGAAAAUUAAUCAACACUGAACCGUUGAAGAAAAUGAUUCCAGUGGAUGAAUUUGUGGGAAUUAUGUAUGACAAGCACACGAAUGAGUUUUAUAAGAAAUAUUUUCCGAAACGACAUUUGAAUGUGUAUGCGAUGGAUCCGCCGAUUGUGUCGGUGCCAGAAAAGGGAAAUAAUGGAUGGAUUUCUGACACGGAAAAUUCGAAGGAAAUUGAAGACAUUGAAAAACUUUACGUGGAAGUAGAAUCUAAGAAGAAGGACGAGCUGUGA